CGUAAAAUAGAGAACAUAUUAUUUUCUUUAGGAAAGGAAAUAGGAUUAGUAUAUAGUGAAAGUUUAAGAUGACUUGUUGCGGGGAAGUUGAUACUAGUAAGGGAUUCAAACCGAGUUACAAUGUGAAGGCUUUAACAGAGAAGUUCUAUGCACGUCAUGACACGCUCAAUGAAGAUCCAAAAAUUGUGCUAAGUUACAAACAUUACUGUGAGGAAAUAGAAAAGCGGCAGAAGUACACGGCGCGCACCUUUUAUCUCACGCCGCGGACAGAAAAUCAAGUAUACGGUUGGUUACACCAUUUGGCAUUCAAAUACGAUCCUGGCUACGAACAGAUGCUUUUUCAUCGUGCGCGACAAUCGGAUCCAGAUAUUAAAAUACAAAAUGCAAUAAAUUUAGCAGUUUUGCGUGGCCUGAGGCGUUAG